CAUUCCAAGUGGGGCAACAGCUGUAUUUUCACACAACAUUGCUCUGUAAUUUUCGCCAAGAAUAAACCUGUCCAGCGCAUAUCAGAGGUCCUACUUCAAUAGGUUAAUUAUUUUUCGGGAUGUCCAGUGUGAUAUUUUAGCAGAAACCAAACGAAUUCUCACGUGAGACGUGAAUGAAAUUUGCUGUGUGCACCUUCCGAGUGAUAUUGUUUAGCUGCAGAGUGGAAAAUCAGACGAGUGGAGAGAAAUUGUGGGGAUUUGAGUAGGAAGAUAGAGAGAUGGAUAUGAAGAUCAGUGAGUCACAUGGAGAAAAGACACGAUCAGGAAAUGAUGGAGUCAGAGUGUCGUCGUGGGUCAGUAACUUUCUGAGUGACAUUCGAAAGCGAGGUCCGGAGCCUCUAAAUCAAUCCGGAACAUCUUCUAAAGAGCCACCGCCAAAGGACGACACGGAUGAAGAGAGUUUCACCGUUGACGAUGAAAUUGACGCAAUAAACGAGGCGAGUGGUGAGACCAAGGAUGAAACAACUGUAGAACCCUCGAGAUUCCGGAGGAUAAUUUAUGCUGGCGAAGUGUUCGGCCGCUUCACACAAACAGGAGAGAAUUCUAUGGAAAGUUUCACAUCCAUAGGCAGAAGGAAGAUUAGUGAAUUGUACCAAAAAUUGAGUGUCAACCGGAUCAAGUACAGUGAGAUCAAGGGGAAGCGUAUGGAGGCUAAGAGAAUACUCCAGGAGCUUCAGGAUGUGAAGGAUGAGCGACCGGCUGAGGAAAUGGCACCAUUUCCCAUUGAGGAUGACUUUCUGGCGUAUCCAGAGGCUGCUGGGACGCAGGAAAAAGGGCAGUGCAAGCGAAUGGGAAUCGGAGACAUUGGGCGGAGUUCCAGUGCAAAUCCCAGCAUGAAGAGGAAGGCUCUGAGUGAGAUUGGACGACGAUUCAGCGAGAUGAAUGACGAACAAGAGGGCUCGAGCAUGCUGGGAAGUGAGCAGAACAGCAGCUAUCCAAAUUCUGGGUCAUUCAACACCAGCAGCCUGACCAUUAAGAGUGAUCCUGGUGUGAAUAACAAUCCCAAAUCACUGCCGGCGAGCCCAACGCCGCGAUUGGCACGCAAGAGCGCCCCUGACGAAGGCUCCCGACAUCAUCCACCCAUUCUGCAUGACAUGUCAAUCCAGUCCGAUUCCAGUCGAUGCUCAAGUGUGGAGAGCCUUUUGGAGGCGCGAAAGCCAGAUGCUGAGACAAUUCUCAUAAACCUGGGCUUCGGACCAGUGCAAUCGGAAGAUAUUCUCUCGAGGAUCCCCAAAAGAUUCCUCAAGCCGUCCCAAGUGCGAGGAAUCGACACGGAUGCCUUUCUCAAGCACCAGCAGCUGGCCAAUCACUUGCACGAUCACAGUGUCCUCGGCUAUCGCGGCCUCGUGGACUAUGAGAAAUCACAAAUUCUGCGGAGAUUUCAUCGUCAUGCAAAAUAGAAAAUCAGUAUUUUUAUUGUUAAAGGGUAAUCCUCACACACCACCUUCGCUGAUCGUGGCCAAGAUCAUGGAGAGAUUUCAGGCAAAUGAGCAACAGAGAAUCCUGGCUGAUAUGAAUGGGAAUCAUCAAAUGACUU